GGCGCCAUCGUGGCGGUGACGGGCGACGUCAUCAAAAAAUCCCCCAAAAUGCCAAAUGGCACCAAGCUUUCGCCCCAGGGCGCCAUCGUGGCGGUGACGGGCGACGGCGUCAACGACUCGCCGGCGCUGAAGAAGGCCGACAUCGGCGUGGCCAUGGGCAUCGCCGGCUCCGACGCCGCCAAGAACGCGGCCGACAUGAUCCUGCUGGACGACAACUUCGCCUCCAUCGUCACCGGCGUNGGGCCAGGCCGGCUGAUUUUCGACAACCUGAAGAAGUCGAUCGCGUACACGCUGACCAAGAACAUUCCGGAGCUGACGCCGUACCUGAUCUACAUCACGGCCAGCGUGCCCCUCCCCCUGGGCUGCAUCACCAUCCUCUUCAUCGAGCUCUGCACCGACAUCUUCCCCUCGGUGUCGCUGGCCUACGAGCGCGCCGAGAGCGACAUCAUGCACCUGCGGCCGCGCAACCCCCGGCGCGACCGAUUGGUCAACGAGCCCCUGGCCGCCUACUCCUACUUCCAGAUAGGUGCGAUCCAGUCCUUCGCGGGGUUCACGGACUAUUUCGUGGCCAUGGCGCAGGAGGGCUGGUGGCCGCUGCUGGUGCUGGGGCUGCGGCCGCGCUGGGAGGACGCGCACGAGCAGGAGCUGCAGGACAGCUACGGCCAGCAGUGG